UGAUACCCUCAUUGAAAUUCUGAUACGCUUGCUUCUUAUGUGCCAGUAAUACCAGAUAAGCGCCUGUCCCUGCUCAUUUGCCAUACAAGGCUAGUUUAAUAAAUACCCGGCGGAAACUCUCCAACUAUCUCAAAAACCACUCGCCCUUUGCCACAGCUUUCUCACUGGAAUCUGGCUCUUUCAUCCCAGGUCCCAUGCGUGAUCCCACAGGACACACAGAAACCCGUCACGGAGACAUGUUAGACAAACGGAGACGCACUCACGAUGGCUGCUUCGCCUGUCGGCGACGGCGAAAACGUUGUGAUCUAAGGAGACCGAGAUGUAAGGGCUGUGAGCGAAAUGCUCUGCUCUGCAGAUGGGCGUUGCCAGGGACCACGGACGAGCAAUCGCCCGCUGAAACUGAAGCUUCAGCUUGUACAUUCCGGAACCCGUCAAUUCAGAAGACACCUACCGGUCUUGGCGUUGCGAGCUGUGUUCUGAAGGGACCGAUAUCCUCUCUACUCUUCAAGCAUUACUUGCAGGAGACAGGGAAUGCGAUAUCUGCUCAUCGAGGGCCACUAAACUCUUUUAUCCAGCUACUUCCUUGUUUUGCAAUUUCUUAUCCGAACACAGUAUUACAGAGUCUGCUUGCCCUGAGCGGAAUGCACUACCGCUGCCGUGCUUCAAGCGUUGAUGUUGAUGUUAUGACCUUUACUCAUCUAGGACUCGCUCUCCGUUCAUUAAAACAUGGCUUAACGGCGUUUGCAAGUUCUCAAUUUAGAAGUGAUAAUCUUCAACUGUUAGUUACCACGCUAAUUCUCUGCUUUCUUGAGACAGUCAGAGUCGAUCAAAGUGGUGAUGUUGUUCAUCAUUUAAAGGCAGCGAACGUUCUAUUCAACACACUUAUAACCUCACCGGAGCAAGACCAAGAUAAUCCGAAGUUAUUGGACUUCAUAAAGGAAUUCUAUGUCUAUGUUAAGAAUAUUACGGCUUUGACUGGAACUCUGUCCUCAUCCACCUUUUUUAUCUCAACUUUUUCUGAAUCGGCAAACACGAUAUUCGUGAGUCAGCAUGGGCCGGGUAAUCUUCUUGGCUGCUCGUACGAGCUGUUUAAUAUGGUUCCGCACAUCGAAGCCCUGGCAACUCGGGGGCAUUAUUACCAAUAUACUACACCAAAUCACGAAGCAGACGGAUCUUACCACCAGCAAAAUAUUCAACUACACACAUAUCUGUCUUCGUGGCAGCCGCCAGAAGGAACCUUACCAGAAUUUGCCCUAAGCGGCUUUAUGUACCGGGAAGCGUUCCUCUGCCUUGUCGAGAGAACAUCACCAUCCGUCGACGUUCGACAUCGUGAUAUUGUGGAUGCCACCCGAAUAAACAAUUUUUUGGACCUUUUGAACUUACUUCCCCUCGAAGCACCUGUUUCUACAACCUCCAUCUGGCCAAUAAUAUUCUUUGGUGUCUUGGCCAGGAAUCAGUCCCAUCAAGCCUUGAUCUACACACGUCUCGCUCAUAUGUACCAAAUGUUUGGGUUUGGAAAUAUCCGGUCCUCGAUGGCCUUUUUACAGUCAUGCUGGGACCGGCAAGGUGAAUCUCCAGGACUGGCAGAAUUGCAAGUCAGCGAUGACCGUGAUCUGUUUUCUCUCAUGAAAGUCAUGAAUUUCAAUAUCUCACUUCUAUAA